AUGGACACCCACGUCCAACAACCGGUGCAGCCAGUAUCGGAUUACAGGGACGAGAAAGGCUCCGACAUUUCCCAUACUUCACCAUCCAAAGUCGAAGAUGCUGAACAUGCCGGAUUAGCAACAACAGUUGAUGCCGCCACUGAGAAGCGCCUCUUGAGGAAGUUGGACAUUCGCAUCGUCCCAAUGAUCUGCUGGGUUUACCUCAUGAACUUUAUGGAUCGAGUCAACAUUGGUAAUGCACGUCUGUAUGGGUUGGAAGAAGAUCUUGGAAUGGACCCUGCGGGCAACAAGUUCCAGAUUGCAGUCUCAAUCCUGUUCGUCACCUACGUUUCGAAUAUGAUCAUCAAGAGGAUGAAGCCGGCGCGUUAUUUAGGUGGUCUCAUGUUUCUCUGGGGUUUAGUAGCCACCUUCUCGGCCUUUGUCAACAACUACGCCGGUCUCAUCGCGUGUCGCCUUUUGCUGGGUGCACUUGAGGCAGGUCUUUUCCCGGGAGUCAUACUUUACUUAUCAAUGUUCUACAAUAGAAGGAACGUGUCUUUGAGACAAGCAUGGUUUUACGGCACAUCCGCGAUAGCAGGAGGACUUGGCGGACUGGUAGCAUAUGCUAUUGGCGAACUAGACGGUGCUGCUGGCUGGCGCGGUUGGAGAUGGAUCAUUCUCAUCAACGGCAUACCAACUGUAUUAACCGCUUUUGCCGUGCCCUUUGUUUUGCCAAACAGUCCGGAAACCGCCAAAUUUCUCUCCGAAGAAGAUCGACGGAACCUCGUCUUGCUUCGCAUGAAGGAAGUCGGACAGACGACAGCAGGCCAAGAACUCGUCAAAGAAGAUGUCAUCAAAGGUAUCAAAGAUUGGAAAGUGUACGCUUAUGCCAUUGCUCAAUUCGUUGGACUCUGUAUGCUCUACAGUUUCUCGGUGUUCCUUCCUACCAUCAUCAACGGCUUGGGCAGUGGCUGGAGCCGUCAGGUGGUUCAAGCCUUGACAAUCCCUGUAUACGUUGCAGGCUUCGCAACGUACGUCGUUGCGGCAUGGCUCAGCGACAAGACACAAAAUAGAGGCAUCUUCUGUAUUGGCGGCCUCGCCGUGAGCAUGAUUGGUUACAUCUUCCUCAUCGCCAACAAAGGUCUUGGCCUCAGUUUCGCCGGCUGCUUCAUCGUCGCACUGGGCCUCUGGGUAGCAACCGGCAUAGCAUUCUCGUGGAUCGGCGUCAACAACCCUCGUUACGGAAAACGUGCCUUUGCUAGCGGCAUGCAGAUUACUAUUGGAAACUGCUCGGGUGUUGCGGCACCGUUCCUUUACAGCGCUGACAUGGCGCCUACGUAUAGGGCUGGAUACGGUGCUACGAUCGGGAUGCUUGCGUUGGGGAUUGCGAUUUACACGUCGCUUCAUAUGUACUUUCGCAUGAAGAACAAGAGAAAGCUCUCUGGCAAGGAAGACUGGAGGAUUGAGGGUAAGACUGGAGAGCAAAUUGCGGAGAUGGGUGAGGAUAACCCGAGGUAUCUAUACACGAUCUAG